AUCAACACCAUGGAUCCAGAAAAGUCGGCAAUAUCUCAUGAGGAUAUAUCCCCUGGACCCGUCCUUAAACCGGACCAGACUGAUAAACGGACUGCUCGAGAUCCCCAUGGAUUUCCUCUCGUUCCACAGCCUACGGAGUAUAAAGAUGACCCACUGAACUGGAAUCCGGCACUCAAACUGAGCGUCGUCCUGCAAAUAAGCUGGCUUGCCCUACUUGGUCCUCUAGGCGCCGCAGCCCCGAACCCAGCGUUUGUAGUCAUGAGCGAGCAUUUCGGGCUGAGUGUGCAUGAGAUUAGUUAUGAACUCAUGCUCUUCCUCCUCUUCGGCGGAAUCGGCCCGCUGGCUAUCCUCCCCCUGGCCAAUGCAUACGGACGCAGACCAGUCUACCUGCUCGGCAACCUACUCGCAGCUGUGACGAAUAUAGCUGCUGGAUACUGCGAUUCAUGGGCAGGGGUCAUGGUAACCCGGGUAAUAUGCGGCCUCGCCUCCGGAUCAGUCAUGUCCAUCGGGGCCGCGACAAUCUGUGAUUUGUACUUCACACACCAGCGUGGGGUAUAUAUGGGUAUUUACACCGUCUGUAUGACGAAUGGUGCUUCCAUUGCACCUACCCUCGGAGGAGCCGUCGCCGAAUCCCUAGGUUGGCGCGCAUGCUUCUUCAUCCCCGGUUUCAUCCAGCUGGGUAGUUUUCUUAUGACUAUCUUCAGUCUCCCAGAGACGCUCUACUACACUGAUAGAUCCGUAUCACCCGCACAUACAGAACAGACGUAUCUGAAGAACCUACUCUUUAAGCGAAACUUCCAUUCCAGCCGCCCCCGCCUCAGAGACUACACCCGCCCCUUCGAGAUGCUGCAAUACAUCGCAAUCCUCUUUCCGGCUCUGCUCUACAUGACAUGUUUCGGCUACGGCAGUGUUCUCUUUGCACUGACAGGCGCGAAAUUCUUCACGGAAUUCUACGGCUUCUCCACCCUCCAGACGGGUUUGAUGCUUAGUGUCCCACUCCUGCUGGGUGGGAUAAUCGGCGAGUUCUGCGCCGGUUGGGUGACGGAUUGGUUAUCGAAUCGCCAUGCGAAGCGUCAUUCCGGGGAGAGACUGCCCGAGGCGCGUCUUACGGCGAUUUGGGGGACGUUGCUGGUUCCUAUCGGUAUUGUGUUGGAGGGGGUUUGUCUCGAGUACAGCAAGGAUGUGCACUGGGUGGGUAGUGCGUUUGGGAUGGGAAUGGCGCAUAUGGGCCUGCAGAUUGCUACGACGACGAUUUAUGCUUAUACUACUGAUUGCUAUAAACAAUACAGCGCGGAGAUCUCGACGGUGUUGAAUAUAUUCCGGCAGGUUUUUUCCUGCUUGGUCUCGUUUUACGCUCUUCCGCUUGGCGAGAGUGUUGGCAUUAAGUACGCGUGGUUGAUAUUCGCGGUGAUUGAGGCGGUGUUGCUCAUCCCGGUUGCUAUGCUCAGGUAUUAUGGGAAGAACUGGAGACAGCUGCCUUCUCAGUCCCUGGAAUAG